GUAGACUUCGUAAGAAACUACUCUGUGAUCACAGUCAGAUCAUAGUUUUUGACCGGAGCGGUGAUCCUACUGACCUAUACAAUUGGAUCUACUACUCCUAAACCAACAUUCAAGGAACUUUUCAUUCGGGACUUGACAGAGGAACCUCUAGAUCAACAAUAAUAUGGGAAAAGAAAAUACCAAUUUGGUCACCGUUUGGAUCAUUCUGGCAAAUAUCUGUGCAUCUUUUUCAAGUACACCAGAACAAACACAUUUUGGUAAGUAACAGGCAUUUCUACUGUUUGUAGAGCUGACUUUGGCUUUGUUAGAGAGAGGUUAAAUAAAUACAUUAUUUUCCUGGGGGCUGACUAGCCAUCUGGCAUUUCGGGCAAAUGCCAGAUGGGCUGGCCAAUUUCUUUUGUCCAGUGGGCCUGUCUAACUUGUUUUUUUGCACAAAAGUAUAAUUAUUUGGCUAAUAAUGGGGUCCUCAAGGAAAAAAUGUGCCGGUGUGGGGGCCUCAAGAAAAAGAAUGGGCUGGUGUGUUAGAAAUGCCAGGGCCAAUUUCUGAUCCCAGUCUGCCCCUAGUCGAAUUUCUCUCGUAAAAUAAACACUCAAGCCAAGGGGAAGCAGCAUAAUUGGUGCAGCCAGCUCUAACUGACCCAUAGUAACCCAGAAAAGAGUUUCUAAAGUUGUCAGACCUACCUACCCCACUCCUCUGGGGCCUUUUGUUUAGGGUGCGCAGUGGGUACCUCUUUCAUGAAUAAUCUUUUCAACCAGUGCAACAAAAAAAUAAUUGGAUCAGAAAGGAAAUUAGGCAUUUUCAUGGCAGAUAAUUAUUUGCAAAUUCAAGUGCAAUUACAACAAUACUUUGAGAACUAAAAUAUGUUAACAUGUUUUUUAUGCAUAAUAACUAUUUUCCAUUUGUUUUACACGUAUUUGCAUAAUAACAUAGCCUAUAUAUAUAUUAUAAUUAUUAUUAACAUCAUAUUCAAUAUUUAAUGGGCUCCCGAGUGGCGCAGCGGUCUAAGGCACUACAGCUCAGUGCUUGAAGCGUCACUACAGACCCCCGGUUCGAUUCCAGGCUGUAUCACAACCGGCCGUGAUUGGGAGUCCCAUAGGGUGGCGCACAAUUGGCCCAGCGUCGUCCAGGUUUGGCCGGUGUAGGCCGUCAUUGUAAAUAAGAAUUUGUUCUUAGCUGACUUGGUCGAUAGGCCUGUUUUUGUGUGAAAUCCCCCCUAAAUGCUUAAUUUCAAUAGGCUAAUAGCAUUACUAGAAAAUGUGGAAUCAUGAAUGAACGUUUGGUUGGUAGAAAUGCAAGUGGCAAAAGGGGGUGACACUGGACUGUUAAAACGUUUCAUUAUAUAUUUUAUCAUGCUGGUAAUUGGACUAGAUUAUACCAAUUGAAAAACUGAUAGAUUCUGCAGAUUGUGUCUUUGUAAAUAUUUUCUUCCAAGAUAGUCAGUGUGUGAAUAUAAAAAAGCUGAAUUGCCACCACAUGAAAGAUCCAAUAAAAAAAUACUCGAAUUUGUUUCUUUGUAAACAAAUUGUAGAUGCUGGAUUUUAUUUGUCAUGCAAAUCAGAAGUACAUUUUUGGUAGUGGUAAAGUGUUUGCAUUGCUAGUGACUGCCUUGUACAAUCUUGAUUGCUGUAAGCAUUUCACUGUAAGGUCUACACCUGUUGUAUUCGGCGCAUGUGGCAAAUAACAUUUGAUUUGAUUAUGACAAACUCUUCACUAAUAGGACAUCUAGACUGAGUUUAAAUAUUUAUCUGGUUGAAAAUGUAAACAAUAGUAUAAUGAAUGAGGCAGAUGCCUAUAGACUCUUGACUCCCCUGCAUUGUGCAUAAUGGUAACCUGUAUGCCAUUAUAACAGGAUUUCUGUUUAAAGUGCCAACAUGCAAGAUUAUGCACUAGCAGUAAAGCGGGCGGCAGGUAGCCUAGCGGUUAAGAGCGUUGGGCUAGUAACCGAAUGGUCGCUGGUUUGAAUCCCUGAGCCGACUAUUUGACAAAUAUGUCGAUGUGCUGUUGAGCAAGGCACUUAACCCUAAAAUCUCCUGUAUGUUUCUCUGGAUAAGAGCAUCUGCUAUAUGACUAAAAAUGUAAAUAUCAUCACUCUGUGCAGGUAACAACAACUCUACUGAAUGGCUUGAGGACUACACCGACAUUGUAUCCAAGUUUUCCCUGAGAACCGCUGAGGUACCAGAUGAUGACCUGUGUUACAUCGUUCCCGGCCAGCCCUUAACCGUCCCAGACUGUGAAUUCAACCCUGAGACUCAGACGUUUGUCGUUAUUCAUGGAUGGACGGUAAAAAGCUUUGACACUCUAAUAUGAUUUAUUACUACAAAAGCAUAAAUUGUUGACCAUCAUUUGAAUAAGGUGUAUUGUUUAUAUUAUGAGGGAAAUAACUCAACAGUAAUUGUCCCUAAAAAUAGAUUCAGCAAUGAUAACUAGAUGCAUGAUGAGAAGCCUUCCGCUGUCCCUAAUUAUAAUACUCUAGUGCUCAUUCAUGUAUUAAAGUGCUGACACUUGGCUGGUCUUUAAUCAGUGCAGUGAGCAGACAAUGGGGGAUAGGGGCACAGUGGGUCAAGCCAGCCACUGAUCCCAGAAUCUCCUCCAGGUCACAGGGCUGUUUGAGAGCUGGGUCCCUAAGCUGGUGACAGCGCUGUAUGAGAGGGAGCCCAAGGCCAACGUGAUCGUGGUGGACUGGCUGACCCGGGCCCAGCAGCACUACCCCACCUCCGCCGCCUACACCAAGCUGGUGGGCAGAGACGUGGCCAAGUUUGUCAACUGGCUGCAGGUAAGUGAUCUCAAGCACACUGUGUACAUGGGAAAUAAUAUAAUAUAAGCUUCACACAAUGGCCUGAUUUCUAACUUGAGAUCAGACUUUCAGGCAGUAGUGUAAAUGGGAGAGUUGAACAAAAGUUGCACAUGAAGUUUGGAAUCGACCUAGUUAUUGAAAAUACACUGAACAAAAAUAUAAACGCAACAUGUAAAGUGUUUAUAUGUUUCAUGAGCUGAAAUAAAAGAUCCCAGAAAUUUUCCAUAGGCACAAAAAACAUAUUUCUCUCAAAUGUUGUGCACAAAUUGGUUUACAUCCCUGUUAGUGAGCAUUUUCUCCUUUGCCAAGAUAAUCCAUCCACCUGACAGGUUUGGCAUAUCAAGAAGCUGAUAUAGCCUCCCUACUGUUAUUUUAUUUUACUGCUGCUCUUUAAUUAUUUGCUAUUUUUAUGUUUUUCUUAAACUGCAUUGUUGGUUAAGGGCUUGUAAGUAAGCAUUUCACCUGUUGUAUUCGGCGCAUGUGGCAAAUAAAAUUUGAUUUGAGAUACUAAGGCCUAUUGUGAGGCAAUUUUUAAAAAAGGUACAGUACCUGUGACCAACAGAUCCGUAUCUGUAUUCCCAGUCAUGUGAAAUCCAUAGAUUAGGGCCUAAUUAAUUUAUUUCAAUUGACUGAUUUCCUUAUAUGAACUGUAACUCUAUAAAAUCUUUGAAAUUGUUGCGUGUUGCAUUUAUAUUUUUGUUCAGUAUACUAUAAAUUACUGGUGAUGCAAUGUUUUAGAAGUCAGAGUUGUGGAUGUUUUUUCCUCCUGGUUCUGAGUUAGUACGCCUCAUAAAGGCUUUUUACUGCAAUGUUGUUGAUCCACAUCACAUUAUUGAUAGAAGCGGCAUGUGGAGCUAGUGAAGCAUAUCCUCUACUAGAAAAAUACUUUAGGGCGAGGGAGGACACAUUGGUAUGAUAAACCGCCUGAAAUGGUUACAUGUGUAAGCGGACAGUAUAACUGAUGGAACAGAAUAUACUUUAGAGGGUGUUAGGAUACCCAUGGCGUAAGAGGUUUUACAGCCAAGUCUUUACACAGUCACAACACACUUGACAGUUUAGGAAAUAGGAAUAAAACCAUGUUUGCUUUCCCCCCCUGUCAGAAAACACUGGACUACCCCUGGGAGAGGAUACAUCUGCUGGGAUACAGUCUGGGGGCUCAUGUAGCCGGCAUCGCUGGUCUCCUCACCAACCACAAAGUCAGCAGGAUCACAGGUGAGCAGACAGUCCUUCUCUACUGAAGAGGUUUUACUGUUUGUCUAUCAGUCUGUCACUAUAUAUACAGUACAUGUACCAUGGAUACAAACAUGCAUACAUAUGCAAGUUCUAUCUCAGAGAAUUUAGCCUCAACAGUCCCCCCAUUUGUCUCCAUAAAGUUUACCCAACUAUGAAAUCUCUUUGACCUGCUUAGAAUAUUAACAUGUUUACCCCUGAACCAGAUCAGGCCCAGGAGGCAGCAGACCAUUAAACGCCAUAAUCACAUCCAUUGAGUACCUUGAGGCUUUACUUCAGAGCUGGAAGCACACUAAGAGGCUUUGGCCUGCAUGGUCUCAUGUACAGUAUUACAGAUGGACCGUUACUGAUCUCUCUCUUCUUCCCCCUUCUCUCUCCUUCCAUCCGUCUACCAGGUUUGGACCCAGCCGGCCCUACCUUUGAGCACGCUGACGCCCAGAGCACCCUGUCCCCUGAUGAUGCUCUCUUCGUGGACGUCCUGCACACCAACACCCGGGGUUCCCCAGACCGCAGCAUCGGCAUCCAGAGACCGGUGGGCCACGUGGACAUCUACCCCAACGGAGGAACCUUCCAGCCAGGCUGUGACCUGCAGAACACCAUGAUGAUGAUCGCCACCACGGGCAUCCAUAGUAUGUACUGUAACUUAACACUGGAAUGUAAUAUAAUCACAGUCUGUUAUUAUAAUGUAGUAAAUCUUAAUGAGGCGUGUUUCUUGAAGUUUAAAUAGCUGCAUUUGACUCCAUUAAAAGUGUCAUUUUCAAUGUCUUAACUUUUCUAACCACACACUGAAAGCCAUGCGUCAUAAGUCAGAGUAAUCAAAUGUCCCAGACACGGUCGCACAGUUAGUCUGGUGUAUAUUAGAGAAUCAGCCAGUAAUUCAGUCAUCAUGGUCCUAAUGGUCUUGUUUUACAUGGGUCCUGUGUAGAUAUGGACCAGAUUGUGAAGUGUUCCCACGAGCGCUCCAUCCACCUGUUCAUCGACUCGCUGGUGAACGCAGCAGAACAUCAGAGCAUGGCCUACCGCUGCAGCUCCAAGGAGGCCUUCAUGAAGGGAAUGUGUCUCAACUGCCGCAAGAACCGCUGCAACAAGGUGGGCUACGGCGUCAACAAGGUCCGCCUGCCCCGGAGCACCAAGAUGUACCUCAAGACCCGCGAGAUGAUGCCCUUCAAACGUAAGGGCGAGAGAGAUGUAGGGGAAUUAUUUUAGGAUGAGAGAGCACACAUGCACAAUUGGAUUAAUCUUUGUCACAACAGAAGGUUAAUUCCCUGGCACUAAAAUAGAUUUUCACAAGUUAAGACUUGAUGUACAUUAGUUAUCAAAUCCUCAAUGUAUUGGUCCGGAAGGCUGAAUGUAGUUAUUGUAGUGGUGGCAUGGAGCUGGGCUUAGCUCAAACUGGCAUUGAGAGCUUUAACGGAGGACUGAGUCUCUUUACCAGGCCAUGUAUGUUACAUUAGUACAACGGGCCCCCGGUGCACAUACUGUAUCAGUACUGCAUAACCCUGUUCAAACAGUGUGACUACUCAAGUCUAGACAAGUCCCGCCUUUAUCAGUCCCUCCUGACUCCCUAUCCAUAAAAGAUUCCAUAACAACCGCCCAGCCUGCGUCCAUUUUCCACCCCCCUCACCCCACUAAUGUAGGAUUGGCACAGUCUAACACAUCUAAUACGUUAGUGGCAUCAGGGUCAAAACAAGCAGGGGGGAUUAAACAAGGUUUAUGGUGCAAGCCAUGAAGGUCACAUUAGAGUGAGGCUAUUAGUAUUUCAGUAGUGGCCGUAGUUUGGUAACUGGACAUCACCGCACGUGAUUGCUUACGGUGGAAAGUUACAGGAUACUUUACAUGCCAAUUCUAUUCGUUAAUGCUUCAUCUGAAGCAUUUUCCUUCCCUUAUCACCCUUAGUCAAGGCAGUAAGCAGAUCAAUAAUAUGGGUAUGCAAAGACAGGUCAUAAUCAUGGAGGUACUACAGUAUUGUGGGAGCAGGGUAAGUAUCUUUAGCUUUAACUGUGGACAUUAGUGAUGGGAUAAUGUCCACAUGCCACAAACAUUUCAAACAGUUGGAGAAUGUGUCUCAACUGGACACACUGCAGGUGUUUGCACAGGAAAACAUACUCAGGGUUUCAGACAUCUGUGUGUGGCGUGGUUCUAAAUUAAGGUCUCUGUCAUUCUUUCCACAGUUUUCCAUUACCAAGUGAAGGUGCAUUUCUUCAGCAGCGAGAAACUGGACUACACUGAGCAGCCCAUGAAAAUCUCUCUGUACGGAACCCAUGAUGAGAAGGCAGACAUUCCCUACAUCAUGUAUGUAUAGUCUGAUAUUAAAGAAAAUAAUAAAAUAACAAAAAUUAUAGUUAUUUCAUUUUUUAUACUUAGUUGUCAAGAAAUGCUUGAUAUAAUUUCUAAACAUAUCCAAACGUACAAAUAUCAUACACUGACGUUGUAGCUCAUAAUUAACCCCAGAGAUAUCACCUCGUCACCUAUUCUCAGCUGGGUACUAUAUACAGUACAGAAGGUGAACUGACCCCCUAACCUUUGACCUGUGUGUGACCCAUCAGGCCCUUCCUGAACACUAACAGCACCGUGUCCUUCCUGCUGACCACCGACGUGGACAUCGGGGAGCUGCUUAUGGUCAAGCUGCGUUGGGAGAAAGACGCUUACUUCAGCUGGUCUGACUGGUGGGGUAACAGCAACUUCCACAUCCGCAAAAUGCGCGUCAAGGCCGGGGAGACUCAGUCCAAGUAAGUCAUGAUGAUAAUGAUGAUCUGAAUUUUCCAAUUGAUGAGAUUAAUCAAUGAGAUUAAUCAAUCAAAACCCAGCAGUACUGUGGACCUUAUUUUAAUAUAUUUGACACUGCACAUCAUCUUUCAGAUUGCCAGUCUUUGAGGUUGUAUGAUACAGGUUUCAGAAGGCUUUACUGAUAGUCUUUACUGUCUGACUCCAGGGUGAUCUUCAGCGCUAAAGAUGGAGAGUUUGCCUACCUCGUCAGAGGAAAAGACGACGCAGUCUUUGUCAAAUCAAAAGAGGACAACAUGAGCCGGAAAGAGAAAACGUAAGAAAACCGGAACAUUUAGCAAACUUUGUAAAACUUUGGUCAUUUGAAUGCAUAAAAAUCUAUCAAAUCCAAAGAUUCAGAACUUCCUUCCUCAUGUUCUUUUGUUUACUUUUUUCCCCCUUCUAUCUUAUCUUUAGGAUGCACAGGCUCAAGAUGCAGGGAAGCCUCUUCAAGAAGAACACUGCAUGAAGCAGCACUUGAAUACAGCCAAAGCUGGAUGAAGCCUGGGAGAGCAUGCUGGAGAGAAGAUAGUUAGUCUCUGACCUGUACUGUUUUCUGCCUUCCAUUCUAUGUCAUGAAAUCUCCAUCCCCAAGCACAAUCUAUAUCACGUUAUCCGCUGUGCUGGGAGUCAGUUUAUGGGCUUUUUCUUCUAUUAACCGUCAUCAUGGAGAGUGUUACAAUUGUCAUUCUAAAAUCAGCUUUUUAAUGGUUUUGACUUUGUCUGACGUUGGUACAUUAUCUUUGAAAUCCUUCAUCUGUGUUCAUGUAUACAAAUCACAUAAAUGUAUUUCUAACCCUAUUCUGGGUAAUUCCGAUUCAAACUUUUGAUUAAAAGAGAUUGACAUAGCUUCUGCUUUUAUUAAAGCUUUUUUCCACAUUCGGUAUGCUAAAUGUAUGCACUCACUAACUGU